UUGACCACUCUCGGCCGCCGUAACCCAUUCCAGAUCGUUACGGGUGAGCGCAUUUCAUAGUGGGGGGGGGGGGUUCAGAAAUUUUCAUUUUAAAGAACUCCACCAUUCGUUGCGUCGUACGCCCAUUAACCGAACAUCACGAUAACUAUGUAACGCUAUGUUAUUCAUUUACGGCCGUUGCGCAUUUCAAUAAAAUGUCGUGUGUUCACACAUUUAAAAUAUAAUUGUAGCGUUGGUGACAAUGGUUUACCGACGAGCACCAUCAAAUCCACCUUUCUCCUCGCCCUCCCCCCAACGUUGUGCCGCGCAGUUGGAUUCGCCCGAAGCGAGGCUCCGCGGCGUAAAGGCGCGCAUUGUUAAUGCCUCUUAAUCAAUUAUAAACAACAAACAUCAACAACAACAAACGCAAACAGCACAACCCCCCAGGCCUUCGUCUAUGCUCUAACCAUGGCCCGAACGUUUCAGCCGGGUGACUUGGUUUUCGCUAAGAUGAAGGGCUACCCGCACUGGCCUGCCAGGAUUGUGACUUGAGACUGCAUUCAUUGCAGCACAUGCGUACAGUGUUGCACAUUAACAGCUCAAUCGAUGAACUUUCCGAUGGAGCCGUAAAACCGCCAAACAAAUAUCCCAUAUUUUUCUUUGGCACCCAUGAAACUGCCUUUAUCAACGCAAAAGAUAUCUUUCCAUACAAAGAAUACAAGGACAAGUUUGGAAAGCCAGGGAAGAGGAAAGGAUUCAACGAAGGACUAUGGGAAAUAGAAAACAAUCCCACAGUAAAGUUCAGAGGAAAUGAAGAGCAGUCGGGUUCUUCUGAAACGGAGCAGGAUCAGAAGGGCGAGAAGGUGGAGGAGAGCAGUGAUGAGGAGGGCAAGUUGAUAAUUGAUGAGCAUGGGAAGGAGAAAGAGAAGGAAAAGGAGAAGGAAAAAGAAAAGGAGAAAGAGAAGGAGAAAGAUAAGGGACACAAGCUUGCUGUAAAACGGAAGAAGUCUCCAAAUGAAGAGUCAGGGAAGCGGACACGGUCAGACGACCAGGAAAAUAAAGAGGAUCAAGACAGUAAUUCGGAGCACGAGCAAAACACGGAGCAGGUUGCAAACUCUCCAGAAAAACCCCGCGAUGAGACUUAAUUCUGUCAACCAGAAGUCAAAUUAUACAUUAAUUAUUCUGGUAUGCCACCUUCAAGUGAACAUUUCCUUUGUGCACCAGUAUGCCAAUUUUAAACUGCUUAUGUAUUGUCCAGAAUCAUGUGGUAUUAUCUCACGGAAUACCAGUUUUCAGUGUUUUACUGUGCUUUGUUUUGUAUUACCUUAGGCUUUGCUGGUUUGCGUUGUAAUAGCUCUUUUGUGUUGCAUAUCUAAAUUGCCUUUCAAUGUACAUGUAAUGCAUAUUAGUUGUGAAAAUAUAGUUUUACUUUUGAUCUGCUUUAUAAAUGUUUCAAAACAAGUUUUAUAUCCAUGUUUGUGUAUUUGCAAAUAAAUGUAGUGUAGAAAAUGCAUCUAAAAAACAUAAUGUAAAAGUUUUAUAACAGAUUUUUGUUGCAAAUUAUGUGGGUUUUUACAAACAAUACACUUAAAAUGUACAGCAAAGUCAUGUUCUGAUGAGUGUUACGUUUAAUUUUAAUUGGUAUAAUUACAGUUAAAUACUUAAAUUCCUGUGGUUUUGUUAGUGUCCUAAAUUCGGAUAGACUGAUAAUCUGAUGUGAUGUGAUUUGUUGUAUUAAGUGACUGCACAUAUUCCAGGGGAUUGGAAUUGAUUGUAUGACUGCGUAUUUCUUUUAUGAGUCUGUUUACUUUAUCCCCAUUCAUUCAUGUAGUGUUACCACUUUUGUUAAUGUAAUUUCUCUUUAAAUAAAGUGUACACUGUACUCUGAAA